AUGUCAUCUUUGCCCAAGACGUACAAGGCGGCAGUACUGGAGGAACAAGGCCAGCCGCUUGUGAUUCGCGAUGUGCCACUGGAGCUUCCGGGUCCAGGCCAGGUGCUGAUCAAGGUGCUGGCGUGCGGAGUGUGUGGCAGCGACGGGCACGUGCAGAUGCAUGGCAUGGGGCCAGUACAGAAGGCGCUGCCUCUGGUGCUGGGGCACGAGAUUGUCGGCGACAUAGUGGCGGUGGGAAGCGGCGUGACGGGUUUCUCGGAGGGCGAGCGGAUCGGAGGGUCGUGGCACGGCGGCCAUGACGGGACAUGUCGCAGCUGCCAGCGCGGUCUGUUCCAGAUAUGUGAACGGGGACAGAUCAACGGGGUAUCCCGCGACGGCGGCUUUGCCGAAUACGCGCUUCUGCAGACAGAGGCGGCAGUGCGGCUGCCGGCCGACGCAGAUCCAGUCGAGACAGCGCCGCUGCUGUGUGCCGGCAUAACCGUGUUCAACGGCCUGCGCAAGCUGCACAUCGAGCAGGGCUCGCUGGUGGCCGUGCAGGGUCUGGGCGCACUCGGCCAUCUGGCCGUGCAGUAUGGUCGAGCCAUGGGCUACGACGUCGUCGUGCUUUCGUCCAACGACAGCAAGCGGGCCUAUGUCUCGGAGCUGGGCGCGAUCGCCUACGUCGACGCGAGCAGCGAGGACUCGGUGCAGGCGCUGCAGCGGCUCGGUGGCGCUGCUGCCAUCGUGUGCACGGCGCCCAACCCGGCCAUCAUCGGUGGUCUCAUCGGUGGUUUGCAGCCACAAGGCACACUACUGGUCCUGAGUCCGGUUUCGGGCGUCCAGAUCGACAUGACGCCCAUGGUUGUGCGCGGGCUCCGGCUCGCCGGCUGGCCGUCCGGUCACGCGCUCGACUCGCAGGACGCCGUCGCCUUUGCCCAGCGCCACGGCAUCAAGACGCUCAUCGAGCCCUACAAGUUUGCCGACAUCGACAAGGCCUUUGAGCGCAUGCACUCGGGCAAGGCCCGCUUCAAGGUCGUCGUCGAUAUGCAGUGA